CAAUCGGUGGGAGUAAAUUUUGUUUUCGGAAUGCUCAAAACUUUGAGUGGGUCGUAUUUUUAUUUGUCAUAAUUUUUCGUGCUUUUUUGUACCAUCGUGUGUAUCACUUAUAAUUUUGGAUAUUUAGUAAGGUCAACCCUGACAUUUGUUUAAAUAUCAUCCUGGAUAAAGGCAGGCUUUUUUGUUUUGCAUGAAUAAAAAAAUAAUCUACCAUAAAACGAAAUGCCACUGUAGAAUAUGCCCCCAGGUAUCCAGUACAAAAACAACAAUGUCUCAACCAAGCCACAUGCUUAUCAUACAGAUGUUAACCAUAAUACCACAGACAUAUUGAGGACAGUUAGAGAACAGGAAGCCCAGUUUGAAAGACUCACAAGGGAACUGGAAAGUGAGAGAGAACAAGUAGUGCAUAAACUGCAGCAGGAGUCACUUAACCUGGAGUCCUUGGUGAAAGAAAAGCCUUAUAAUGAGUAUAGAAUAGGUUCAGAGACGGAAAGCAUGAAUAGUAUAAGUAGUACAGAUGACACCUUUCAGUGGGGCGGGCCCCAGGAUGACUCGUUAAGAUAUGGAGACGAGUCACACGGGCUCAUGGACUCCUGCUUACAAGAGUUAGAGAACCGUGGUACCAUGAACUUUGGUGAGGACAACAUGAAUUACAUGCCUGAAGAUCAGUACGGAGGGCCGGGGCACGGUCCCUACAGCGGAGAGUACAAUUCAUAUAAUGGCGGGCCACACCAUGACACAUCUCUACAUUCGUCACACGUCUCAUUACAGAGUACUGGUAGUAACAGAAACAGAGCACAGAUGAAACUUAGCAACCAGAAUCUUGGCAGCCAGCGGUCAAUACCCCAGGACCAGUACAACCACGACAACUACGCCCCUUAUUCUAGUCUACAGAGGAACGAUUAUCAAGGAUCUCCAAUACCCUCUAACGGGUCCCCAAGGGGCCCGGGCACCCCAACAAGGUUUAAUAAUAAUUACGAUGAUUAUCAAGAUAGUUAUCGUAAUAGCCCUUUAGCUUACCCGGCUAACCAUUCUCAGGGAUAUGGUGAACCAGAUUCAUAUGAUGAAAAUCCUAUGCAGCAGCAGUACUUCCAUCACCCAGAAUCCGCCAAUCACAAUGAUUCUUUUAGGGGAGCACCAGAUGAUCGCUACGGAGGGCCACCUGAGGACAGUUUCUACAGGCAGUCACCUAUGUUAGAUAACAGAUACGGGGGUGGGCCUCCCCCUGAUGACCCUCGAGACAACUAUAUGGACAGUCCCAGGGGUGGUUACCGUGGUGAUGACAGCUUUCAAGGUCAUCCUGACAACAGUUUCCAAGGGCAACCACAUUAUUCAAGCCAACCCCAGCUAGUUGAUAGGUAUGGUCAGCCUGUAGAGAAUGGCUAUCCAGCUGGAAUGAUGCCCCAGGAGGAGGUUCCCCAUCCAGAGGACCGGUACGGUGAGAAUAUGGACGAUAGUUACCGCGGGCCUCAUGAGGAUAAUUAUCGAGGGCAACCCGACGACAGUUACAGAGGCCCACAAGAUGACAGCUACAGAGGGCCCCAAGAUGACAGUUUUAGAGGCCCUGUUCCGCAAGAUGACAGGUCUAUACCUACAUUGUACAGAGAUAUGAAUGAUGAUGGUUAUAGAGGGGAUAACUAUGAUGAUCAUCCACAGGAUCCCCGUGGUAAUGGUUACCAUGACAACAUGCCACGUGAUUACACAGAUGACUCAUACCAGCAGGAACCGGAUCGGCGACACGAAGGUCUGCCGCAGGUGCAAGACGACCCGUUUGCCGACGAUCCAUUCCGACAGAAGCAGAGAAGCUUGUUGCAGUUGCAAGGUGAAGACCCGUACCCUAGAGGCCCCUCACCAGGGGCGGGCAGUGAUAGAAUGGGUCCUGGUAGUUACACAGAAAGACCUCCACAGUACGACCACAUGGAUGGGCAGGAACCACCAGGACGAUACUUCGAUGAUAGUAUGGGGCCUCCCAUGGGCUCUCAGCAACAUAUUGAUGGCUACCCAGAUGAUGGGCGCAGGACACCCUCAACUACUGGUGGUACUAUGAGAUGGAGAGCUCCAGAUCUGCAAGAGGUGAUAGACUUUCUUAGUCAUCCUAGUGAUAUGGUGAAAGCAAAUGCUGCGGGUUAUAUUACACAUCUCAGUUACAUGGACGACGGCAUCAAACAGAAGGUCCGCGGACUGGAUGGUAUACCACUACUUGUGGAACUGUUAAAUAGUGAAUUUCCAGAGGUACACAAAAAUGCAUGUGGAGCUUUGAAAAACCUGUCCUAUGGAAGGAAUAAUGAUGAAAAUAAGAAAGCCAUAAAAAAUGCAGGUGGAAUUCCAGCAUUAGUACGACUGUUGAGAAAGACUCAAGAUGAAGAUGUUAAAGACUCUGUAACUGGGGUCCUCUGGAAUCUCUCCUCAAACGAUGAUCUGAAGAGGCCUAUCGUUGAUGAUGGCCUUGCUGUGUUAGUAAAUGUUGUAAUAAUUCCUCAUUCCGGCUGGGAGAGAAGGGGCCUCUCCCCAUUCCAAGCCCAGGAACCCUGGACCACGGUCUUCAGAAAUGCCACCGGUGUUCUAAGGAAUGUAAGUUCAGCUGGAGCAGAAGCGAGAAAAAAGUUACGGGAGUGUCACGGGCUUGUUGAAUCAUUAAUUCAUACAUUACGGACUGCUAUUGAUCAAAGUAAUGUUGACAAUAAACCAAUAGAAAACUGUGUUUGUACAUUACGAAAUCUUUCAUUCCGGAUACAGGAAGUUGAAGAUCCAGACUUUUUCAGAAAACGCACAGCAACAUUAAAGCGACAAAAACAGCAAGCGAAAGGAGAAAAGACAGGGUGUUUUGGUGGUGGAGGUAAAAAGAAAGGUCCAAAAGGAAAAGGAGGUCAAAAUGUAGAUAGCAUGGAAAUGCCAAAGUUACCUCCAUCUUCAAAUGAGUAUCGAGGAUUGUGGGGUGUUGAUGCAGUUCGAUAUUUCCUCACGCUGUUAUCUGGGUCAAACCCAGUCACGCUGGAGGCUGCAUGUGGAGCAAUACAGAAUCUCGCUGCAUGUGACUGGAAGCCUGCAAUUGAGAUCCGAGCAUUGGUACGGAAAGAGAAAGGAUUACCCAGUCUUGUUGACCUCCUGACAUAUGAGGUAGAACGAGUUGUUGGUGCGUCAGCCACUGCGUUACGGAACCUUUCCAUUGACGAGCGGAAUAAAGAACUUGUUGGGAAGUACGCAAUGAAACAGUUGAUAAGCAAUCUGCCGCAGGAGAAUCGACCUAAAGAAUUAACAGAUGAGACUGUCUGUGCAGUUCUUGCCUGUCUCAAUGAAGUUAUAUCACAUAAUCAAGAAUUUGCCAAGUCUUUUUGUAUAGAUGGGGGUUUACCCCGAUUGAUGUAUCUGACCAGGGUCCAUGAAAUAUAUAAUGCCAGAACAAAGAAAUAUGCUGCAUCAGUGUGUCAGGCUUUAUGGGAGGUGAAAGUGUUACACAAAACUUAUAUGGAGCAGGGAUAUACUGAAAAAGACUUCAAACCUUCAGUACCAGUAUCUAGUGGUGUUGGGCAACCAAACAGCAAUUUCUCCACACCGUACAACACCAUAAAUCGACCAAAGUACAGUCAAGGUUAUGAUGAUACUACUUUAGCAUCACGGCGGGGAAAUGGUUACACUGGCAGUCCUGGUACGAUGGGUAGCAAUCCGAGAUUGGUGCAGGGCCAUAGCAAUCCAGCACUCGACCAACAUGAUGCUGCAAUGUAUGGAAGCCAGCAGGGACGUCUAGAUGCAGUGCCAAUGAAUGAUAUAGGACCAGGUUAUGCCCCCAUUGACGAACAAAGAAACCCAAGAAACAAACCUCCGGCGGGAGCCGUACCUCUCUUCCCAAAUAUGAUGCCUGGUCAACAGCAAGGAAGCCCUACACAGGAACCGCUGUAUGCCAGAGUGAACAAGAAACGUCCAGUAAGCCCAGGUCAGGUCAUGUUGGGCCAGGACCAGGCAGAAGGGGCCGAUUCUUGGGUAUAGCGAACAGUUAUAACGGAACGAGAGAAUGGAUUAAAAAUUAAAGACUGUGUAAAAAGCACUUGUAGAUCCACAAUGUUGAAAGCUCAAUUACAUGUAUUGGUGGAGAAAUUUGGAGAUGGGAUGCACUGCCCAGCUUUAUUUAUUUCGAACUCCUCUAUUGUAACUAAUCUCUGUUUAAGGAAAAAUUUGAUAAAAGUAUGAUAGAUUCUUUUUUUUUGGCCUAAGCAUUCUCCAAAUACUGCUUGGUAAACAGACAUUGCUUCGAUGCGACCAGUACCUUUCUGUGGAUUUGUGUGUUUUCUUAUGGGAAACCAUUGUGCCAACAUUAGAUGACAAAUACAUUGGUAAAAAAAGCAUGGUGUUAUGCUUUAAGAGGUUGAUACUGUAAAUUAUGUACUAAAGUGAUCUAUGAGACAUUACACAACAUUUUUCACCCCUGAUGACUAUUGUGUUGACACAAAAAAAUGCUUGUGCUUUUCGGUAUGGAAAAGAGAGGAAAGAUUAUGUGAUUAUCGACGCCAGUAGUUGAGAAGUGAAGAAUCUUGUCAGGGAUCAUUCUCUUAUAGUUUAUGAAUGGUUUAUUGUGACAGAUACAUGUCUGACUGGUUCUAAAAAAGCAUAUGGGUAGACAUUGUGGAAGAGGUAGAUGACAUUAUCUUGUAGAAAACCUGGCCAGAAAGAUGUGAUUCCCUUAACUUUGUCCAGCAUGAUUGUACUGGAUACUGUAUGGCAUAAUUGCUCUGCUCGGGCUGAACCUUGCAUGAUAUGAUAUGGUUGCUUUAAGCAUUAUAUGGCAGGGUUGCCUUAAACAUUGUAUGGCACGGUUGCCGUGAACAUUGUACAGCAUCGUUGCCAUGAACAUUGUAUGGCACGGUUGCACAGAACAUUGUAAGGCAUGGUUGCCUAGACUUUUGUACGAUGUGAUGAGUUAAAAGAGGCUAUUAAGAAAUGGCCUAAUGUUUUUACAUUCCAUAUUGUUUAUUGUACUUACUUUAUAUAAUUUACUGUUCCACAGGAGGCUGUGUGGGUGAUACUUCAUUUUAUAAUUAUGCAAAACUAAAUCUACAGUGCUAGAUGUCUGUGGAUUUAUUUGAAUAUUUUAUCUUUGUGAGAUAAACCUGUGUCAAGUGUGAUGCUAUGAAAAGUGUGACCAUUUGAAAUACAAUCACUGAAUGUGGAUCAAUUUAUUUUUUUGUCUUUUAUUUUUAUAUUUUUCGUCGCAUCUAUCAUGUAAGUGAAGGAUGUUAUAUAUUUUCAGCAUAUACAAUGUAAUUAUGUGUAAAUUCCCCAGAAAGGUCUGUGUUAAUUGCAUACUCUAGAAAACAUUAUACUUCUUAGUCAGUAGCUGUCGAAACUUUUGAUAGCCAGUCCUUAGCUUAAACGUCUUUUCCAGGCAAACCUUUUGUUCUUUGUUAGUCUCAAUCAGAUUUUGAAAAAGAUGCAUUUCCCCCUUUCGUUACAGCUUGUACUUUAACUUCUUUCGGGUAAUUUUAUUUCCAGUAGAAACACUUCUAUAAUUCUUCACUACUUUCGUUUAGUAUAUAAACAUAUAAACAAGUCUGUAUUAAACAUCCAGACAAAGGAACAAUACAGUCUGGCUGCUUAAGACAAGUUGAAAUUAGAACAAAAUGUCAAUUUUCGGAAGAUAGCUGAUUGGCUGCUUAAGGCAAGUGGCUGUUUAAUACUGUAUCUGUCAUGUCAGCUUCAAUAACGCAUGAAACUAGCAAAGUAUUUGAUAUUAGAAGACAUAAAAGUCGAAACUAGUAAGAAUGUGUUGUCUUGGAAAUUUUAAAUCCUUUUGAUCUAAUAAAGAGGCUUUUGUUUGCUUUUAUACAAAUGCUUAUAGAAAUUGUCACCAGUAGAUCUAUACAGGAAAUCAUACCAUAUUAUGUUAUGAAAAUCAAAAAACAUACUGAAUUUAGUUUCCCUAAUGUGUAUGUCUGCCUUUAUAAUGCCUUUAUUUACUGUAUACUGCGAAAAUAUUUCAUUUUAUGCUGAAAAGUCGUGGAUUUCAGAGUGUAUGUAGGAAUUUUCUACGUUCAGUAGGACUUGAUUUAUAGAUUGACACAGCACAAAAUCAACAAAAAUUAAAUUUCCACAGAAAUUUGUGAUUUUGCAUUAGUAACCAUUUUUUAAAAAAAUGAGAAAUUUGUUUAAAGUGAAAAUAGCUUCAUGUGACAGUGUAUCUUCAAUGCAGUUUACCAUGUAUUCAUGAUAUUAUAUUGUUCCAAAAGUACUGCUGACAAAGAUAACAAUAUUCCCUGACAUUUACUGGUAAAUCAUUUUGAUUGGAUAGUUUAGGCAAUGGUUUUGUUUUCACUAAUAUCUGAAGAAAGCGACUCAAGUGCAUGUUCUUGACAGACAGUCGUUUUUGAUUGUCAUUGUAUUUAUAUAUUGUUGAUAUCAUUAAGUAAGUGUGUAUUAUUAAGGAAUUUUUAAUAGUGAUGCAUGUAAAGCUUUUGGAACGAAUGCAAUAUGGAAAAAGUUAAUUUUGAUACUCAAAAGAAAUUGACGAGACAGUAGUUUCUGCCUAGGAAAAAUACCUCUCUUAGCACUGUUUACAUAUUUUUUGCAUAUCUUUAUUCAAGCUUGUUGGCUAUUCUGUGACUAUUUUCAUGAUAUUGUUGGCCUAUAUCAGUAUAUUAGGGAGUAUUUUUACAUUUUCCAUUAAUUAUGCUCAAUUCAUUCAUAAUUUUGGUUGUGCCAUUUUAAAAUUUUACACACCGACUAAUUUUAAUUUUAAAUGUUUUUUUUUCUCUCGGUUGUGGACUAACUAGCCCUGUUGUGAGAAACUCAGUUUAUACGUUUCUGUUUUCACUGAAUUUGAAAGUGAAUUUUUAAAAAUUUCCUUCGGGUAUGUUGUGUUUAAAAUCCAUAUUGACACCAGUUAAUCAGGCGAAAAGGUUGAUGUUGUUCAGCCAAAUGCGGUUGUCAUGGUCACGCUUUGUAUAUUAACUAGCUGUUGUUUUUUGUACUCCUGUUUUUUUUUUUGUAAAUUAUGUAAAUAAUUCAUAUAUAGCUCAUCAGAUUUUUAGAACGUACUACAAAUUAUUGGUGUUUGUAUAUUUUUCUAUGUAAAUUGUGUCAAAAAACGGUAGAUGCUGUACUAUGUAUAAGUAAUAAAAGAUUGCCCUUUCUUUAUCCAUAGCUAUAACAUAAUUCAUAUCAUGCAUUUUUUUGAUAACAUAUUAUAUAUAUACACCAUGUUCUAAAUUAAUAAAAAGAGAGGGAAAAACUUGAAA